AUGGCUUUUUCUCCACAUGCUUCCUUUGCUCCCUUACUUGCAUCACUAAACAUUCCACAAAGCAAUGAUUCUCCUGUUAACAAGCGCUUGUUUAACAAACAAACCAUUGUUCUUCGUGAUCAUACAUUACUUUCCACUAACUUUAAACCCAAUCGUUCCAAGAACCAAUCUUUCAUUUUAACAGAUGAUGACAUUGGGCAUGAAGCUCCAGUUAAAGGGAGGAUUUUGAAGCAUGUUUUGAGAGAAAUAGGAGACCCUUGGGAAUGUUUGAAUCUAAUUGAUGCAACGCAGCGCCUUGGCAUUGAUUAUCAUUUCCAACAGGAAAUUGAAGCUAUACUGCAGAGGCAGUACGUACUGUUUAAUGCCGUUCAAUUAAAUUCAGACACUGAUCUCCACAAGACUGCCUUCCUUUUUCGACUUUUCAGACAACAUGGGUACCUCGUGUCGUCAGAUGUAUUCGAAAGCUUCUUGGACGGGGAGGGGAAGUUCAAGGAAGAGCUGAAAGAUGAUAUAAAGGGGCUGAUGAGUUUAUAUGAAGCUUCGCAGCUAUGCAUGCACGGAGAUGAGAUUCUUGAAGAAGCUGAAAACUUUAGCAGCCAUUGGCUAAAGGCUAGGGCUGAAGCUGAACAAGUUGAUCAUCAUUUGGCCAGUUUUGUUCAGCAUACUUUAGCUUAUCCUCAUCAUAAAAGUGUGGUGCAAUUAAUGGCGCCUAACUAUUUGGAAGAUGUGCAAUGGCCAAACAAAUGGAUUAGUAUCUUUCGAGAUGCUGCAAAAAUGGAGCUUUACUCAGCUCAACGCUUACGCCAACACGAACUCGCUCAAUUUACGAAAUGGUGGAAAGAAACAGAUUUGGCGAAAGAUUUGAGUUUCUCUAGAGAUCAACCCAUUAAAUGGUACGUUGCUUCAUUGAUUUGCCUCAGCACAGAUUCCUUCUACUCCGAACAAAGAAUCCAACUUGCAAAAUCCAUCUCUUUCAUAUAUCUCAUCGACGACAUUUUCGACGUUUUCGGAACUCUGGACGAACUCACCAUAUUCACAGAAGCCGUUUGCAGAUGGGACUUGGCUGCUGCUGAAGGAUUACCAGACUGCAUGCAAAUAUGUUUAAGAACCCUUUUUGAAGUUACUAAUGAAAUAAGCUGCCAGAUCUAUCAAGCCCAUGGAUGGAAUCCUAUUCACUCCUUACACAAAGCGUGGGCUAAAUUAUGCAAGGCAUUUUUGGUGGAAGCUGAAUGGAUGAGUUCUGGGCAAUCACCAAGCGCAGAAGAGUAUCUAAAAAAUGGAGUGGUUAGCACAGGCGUGCACGUUACAUUAACACAUGUCUUCUUUUUGUUAGGCGAGUUAAUAAGCAAGGAAACUGUUGAGCUCUUUGAUGAGGAUUUAGAUAUCAUUUCAUCAAGUGCUACAGUUUUGCGGCUUUGGGAUGACAUGGGAAGUGCCAAGGAUGAGAAACAAGAGGGGCGUGAUGGGUCGUAUUUAGAAUAUUACAUGAAGGAGCAUCCGAGUAUGUGUUAUGAAGAAACGAAGCGACAUACUAUGAAGCAAAUUUGUAAUGCAUGGAAGACUCUGAAUACAGAAUGCUUAUUAUCCAAUCUAUUUCCUGCCAAGUUCAAUCAAGCUUGCCUCAAUCUUGCAAGAGUAGUUCCUAUUGCAUAUAACUAUGGUAGAGCCCAAUCCAUUAUGUCCCUUGAAAACCUUAUUAAACAAUUUCUCUUUCAUCAAAUGGAGUUGGAGCCAAUCAAGGAUUUCUUCAUCCAUCCCAUGGCAGCAUCAGCAUCAGCAAUGCUAAUAGUUGGAGUAAUUGCACCUCCUCCUCCUCCUCCUUCUUCUUCUUCUUCUUCUUCUUCUUCUUUUCAGCCAUAUCCAAAAGCUUCCAUGCACAAUAUGGUUCCUCACUCUAAAAAAUGGACCAUUCCUCUACAUCACUCCUUCCUUCCAAUUUCCCUUCCUGCAGAUUCACAGAUUUCUCCUUCAAUUGACGAAACGAGCAUGAAAUAUGAAUUUGAAAUGAAGAAUCUGAAGCAUUUGUUGAGAGAGACGGCCAAAAUUGAUUCUUUGGAGAGCUUGAAUAUGAUUGAUGCAAUACAGCGCUUGGGGAUUGACCACUGCUUCAAACAGGAGAUUAAAGCAAUUCUUCAAACACAAUACACAAUGGAAACUCACAAUUUUGAUGCUAAAUGUGGCCUUCAUCAAGUUGCUCUUCGCUUUCGACUCUUAAGACAACAUGGCUAUUUUGUACCACAAGAUGUUUUUGAAGGCUUCAUCGAUCACAAUCAUGAGGGUCUAUUAGACACAAAAUUUAGUGAAAAUAUCGAAGGGCUCACGAGUUUAUACGAAGCUUCCCAAUUAUGCCUCCCCGAAGACGAAAAACUCGAGAAAAUUGGAAAUUUUAGUGCUCGUAUCUUGAAGAAACUUGUGAGGAAUCGCGACGAUAAUUUAAGCAAACAUGUGAGGAAAGCUAUGGCCAAUCCCUUUCAUAAGAGCUUGGUGAAAUUUGUGGUGAAGGAUUACUUUGGAUCCCAAUCUCCAAAUAAGUGGAUAUAUGUUUUCCAACACAUGGCAAAAUUGGAUUUCAAUAGAGUCCAGAAGCUACACGGACUUGAAUUGUCUCAAUUCAUUAUGUGGUGGAAAAAGACAGGAUUAUGUGAAGAACUGAAGUUUGCAAGAGAUCAGCCACUUAAAUGGUACAUUUGUUCGAUGGCGUUUUUAGCAGAUCCAAUGUUUUCAGAAGAGAGAGUUGAGCUGACAAAAUGUAUAUCUUUUAUCUAUCUUAUUGACGACAUCUACGAUGUAUACGGUUCACUUGAAGAACUUAGACUAUUCACUAAAGCAAUCCAAAGAUGGGACUUGGCAGCUCUCGACGGCUUACCCAACCCAAUGAAAUUUUGCAUUAUCAAACUUCAUGAAACAACAAAUGAAAUAUGUCACAAGUUUUAUCUAAAGCAUGGCUGGAACCCAAUUAAUUCCCUACGCAAAUCGUGGGUUAGACUUUGUGAGGCGUUUCUAGUGGAAGCAGAAUGGUUUGGUUCUAGCCAUUUGCCAAGUGCCAAAGAAUACUUGGAGAAUGGAGAAGUUAGUUCUGGAGUUCAUGUUGUUUUAGCUCACAUCUUCUUUCUCUUAGGCCAAGGUGUGAGCAACGAGGCAGUUCUUUUGAGUAGCAAUCCAGACAUUGUGUCUUCCACCGCGUCAAUUCUUCGACUCAGCGAUGAUUUGGGAAGUGCAAAGGACGAGAACCAAGAAGGACAUGAUGGGUCUUACAUAGAAUGCUAUAUGAAAGAAAAUCCAGGGAUCUCUGUUGACAGCGCACGAAAGCGUAUUAGCCACGUGAUAUCUGAUGCGUGGAAGAGGCUGAACCAAGAAAGCCUGUUUUCUCCAAAUCCAUAUCCACCGACAUUUAUUCAAGCUUCUCUGAAUAUUGCUAGAUUUGUUCCUCUCUUGUAUGGUUAUGAUGAGAAUCAAGACCUUCCAACGCUAGAGAAGCUUGUGAAGUUUGUGCUUUAUGAAAGUAUAGGAGUUUAAGAGACGUUUAAGCUCUUCAUAGAGCUUAAAAAAUAUAAUUGACCC